AUUUGGAGCGCGAUCGCUGGACCGCCGUCGGCACAGGUUAAACAGCUCGGCCCUAAUUGCACAGAAUGUCGCUAGCAGCUGGUUAGGGUUUAACAUUUAAAUCCCUUAUAUUUCGAGCGCAGUCAAAAUUAUAAAUAUUUUGGUGGCAGCUGAUUUCAGUGGCGGGAAAAGCGGGGUUGCUUUAUUUCUAAUUCCUCGUUUGUACGGAUAAGUUCUGGCCAAUGCUCCUUUAAAAGAUGGAAUGCAUUUACUUACUAUUUAGUGCUAAAACAUUACACUGUAAAACUGAAGGUUUUUGUGUAACUUAUACAGUGUGAGGCUAGUUUAGGCUGCUGUGGCGUACUACUCUACGAGGGCGUGCGUUUUUCACAAGCCCCUUUUAGAAACUUACAUUGUUGGACUCAUAAAGUUGCAUGGUUCUAGUUAGGAACUGUAUGCUUUUGGGAAACGCAGCCCUGGACGGCUAACAUGCUCUCUUUCUCUUCUUGGCUUGAGAAGUGUUAGCAGACUUGAUCUUAUCUUAUAUUGACACAGCGUGUGUGCUGAGGGGAAUGCAGAUUAAUGCAGAUCGGUGUGCCCUCCUAUUACACAUCCUAGUGCUGUUUCUAAUUUCGCGGAGACCCUUUCGCUGAACCGGCGCUGUCCUGCCGACCGACAGUUUUGUGUUUUUCUUUAAUAUUUUAGGUUACCGAUUGUCAUAUUUGUACGAAAGAGUUUGGAUGUUCAAAACCCCGACAUUUUACCGGACUGUCCCGUGGUUUUUAACUGUCAAAACAGGUUAACUAUAAAACUAGAGAAACACCGUUACAGUGCCAUGGGGAGCCACACAAACUCCCCCCACGCCGACCCUGUUUAAUUUCCUAUAAUGCCUAUUACAUGUGCGUGACUAUAAUGUGCUUUAACUGCUCAUGCGAAGCUUUUAUUGACUUAAUAUUUCGACCUGAAAAUGGGAGUUUUUCUUCCUUAUGUGAUGCGGUCCACGACCUGAUUAUCAAACCCGACGCCCUACCCUUCUCCACAAAUCAAAGGAGAAAUAUGUAAAUGCUUAGUAUUCCUGGCCGUUCCCACGAUCACUCGUUUUAUUUCACUGUUUCCCCUUGCUUUCUCUCCCUCCCUUUCACCGCGGGGUCCCGUCCCGCCGCUCCCGGCUCUGCGCCCCGCCGCCGGAGUGACAUCACCCGCCCGCUUCCCAGUUCCUGAGCCCAGCGCUCACGGGGCGCAGUGUGGCUUCGCACGGCCGUCCGGAGGAGCAGCGAUAGCAGCAGCGUGUGAGCGAUGAACGGCGGUUUCCCCGCCAUGGCCUCCGUGGGGGACUUCGAGCCGCUCAGCGCCUCCAUCCCCGCAACCAAAGUGGAGGUGACGGUGUCCUGCAGGAAUCUCCUUGACAUGGAUACAUUCUCCAAAUCAGACCCAAUUUGUGUGCUUUACACACAAGGAGUCGGCAGCAAGGAGUGGAGAGAAUUUGGCAGGACGGAAGUCAUCGACAACACCCUGAACCCAGACUUUGUGCGCAAGUUCAUCCUGGACUACUUCUUUGAAGAGAGGCAGAACCUGCGGUUCGACCUGUACGACGUCGACUCAAAGAGCACCAAUCUGUCAAAGCAUGACUUCCUGGGCCAGGCGUUCUGCACCCUCGGGGAGGUGGUGGGCUCCUUGGGGAGCCGCUUGGAAAAGCCUCUGGUGGGCAUUCCCGGCAAGAAGUGCGGGACCAUCAUUGUGAGAGCAGAGGAGCUGAGCAAUUGCCGGGAGUCCGUAAUGAUGCAGUUCUGUGGCAAUAAACUGGACAAGAAAGACUUCUUCGGAAAAUCCGACCCGUUUCUGGUCUUCUACCGUAGCAAUGAAGAUGGAACGUUUACGAUCUGCCACAAAACGGAGGUGGUGAAGAACACCCUGAACCCCGUGUGGCAGGCCUUCAAGAUCUCCGUCAGGGCCCUCUGCAAUGGGGACUACGACAGGACAAUCAAGAUUGAAGUCUAUGACUGGGACCGAGAUGGCAGCCACGACUUCAUCGGCGAGUUCACCACCAGCUACAGAGAGCUGUCCAGGGGACAGUCUCAGUUCAACGUCUAUGAGGUUAUCAAUCCAAAGAAAAGGGGAAAGAAGAAAAAGUACGUAAAUUCCGGAACGGUAACUCUGCUGUCUUUCCUCGUCGAUACCGAAGUCACUUUUCUCGACUACAUCAAAGGCGGGACGCAGAUCAAUUUCACCGUGGCCAUUGACUUUACAGCAUCUAAUGGGAACCCGGCCCAGCCCACCUCCCUACACUACAUGAGCCCGUACCACCUGAACGCCUACGGCAUGGCACUCAGGGCCGUAGGUGAAAUCAUCCAGGACUACGACAGCGACAAGAUGUUUCCCGCACUGGGCUUCGGUGCCAAGCUCCCUCCUGACGGCAGGGUCUCCCACGAGUUCGCCCUGAAUGGGAACCCUCAGAACCCCUACUGCAAUGGCAUCAACGGGGUCAUGGAGGCGUACUACCAGAGCUUGAAGUCCGUGCAGCUGUAUGGGCCCACAAACUUCUCCCCCGUCAUCAACCAUGUUGCCAGGUAUGCGGCAUCCGUGAAGGACGGCUCCCAGUACUUCGUGCUCCUCAUCAUCACAGAUGGGGUCAUCUCAGACAUGGCGCAGGCCAAGGAGGCCAUCGUUAAUGCCGCCUCCCUGCCAAUGUCCCUCAUCAUUGUUGGAGUCGGACCAGCAGAAUUCGACGCCAUGGUGGAGCUGGACGGAGAUGAAGUCAGGGUGUCGUCGAGAGGAAGAUACGCGGAGAGGGACAUUGUUCAGUUUGUCCCAUUCCGGGAUUACGUCGAUCGGACGGGGAAUCAUGUCCUGAGCAUGGCCCGGCUGGCCAAGGAUGUGCUGGCGGAGAUUCCCGACCAGUUCCUGUCCUACAUGAGGACCCGGGGGAUCAAGCCCUCCCCCGCACCCCCCCCUUACACCCCACCGGGACACCCCCUGCAGACUCAAAUCUAAUGGGAGAUCUUGUCCGGUCACACACACACACACACACACACACAAACACACACACACACAUAUAUUUUUGGGGUCUCUCAUCCUUGGGAGAUGGUGUCGCUCAGAAUGGGGGGAGGCACACAGGACAUGUUUACUUCCUUUUCGAGUUCUUCUGUCACAGAGCUGGACGUGAGUCCUCCUGUAAGCCUAGGCUCUGCCCAGCCUCACCGCGGAAUAGGCCAAAACGUCCAGACAGCACCUGCAACCCUGCGACUGUUGUAAAUAACUCUGGGAAUGCUUUUCCUCUCUCUCUCAAUGUUUACAUGUCGAUGAGCAUUUUUAAAGUUGGAUACUUUUAUAAUGCUAAACUUUGAUAUCUCUACUGCCCGCGUGUCGCUUUGGUGGGCCCCGUGGUAAUCAGCCGGUCGCCAGGAUCCUCUGCCCUCACGGCCUCCUUAUGUCCUUCUGAAAGCUCGUUUGCUGCUCUCUUAACUGCCUUGCCACGAGGGUGAUUUUCCACCGGGCUGGCUGGCGCCGAGUGGGGGGGACACACGCUUUCGUUAACGUACGCUCGCGCACCGCGUUUUUAACAUAAAUGUCGAGGCAUGAGUAACUGAAGUUUUGUUUGCUGAAUUUGGAGAUUUUCAGUGGUAUGACGUGUUGAUCUGCAAAUUGUGAUGGUCCUCAUAUUUCUAUGCACUGUUUGAAAUCUCACCUGAGGUCCAGCAACACUUAGCCCCGAAAACACUGAGGUAGAAAAUUGAACAGAUAAAACUACGGGAAGUAAAUAGUGAUUUCACAUUUGUAACAGCGUGUUUGAUUAAAAUGGCCAGUGGACUCAAGCAGUGCACUCUGUAGUGGAGUAGGGGCAGUGUCCUCUGUCACUGCGGUCCAGUGACCGUCGUCAUUCACUAAAGCCAGGCUGUUUAACUGACAUAACUUGUGCUUUUAUAUGAAAACCAAUGUAAAGUACACAUCAAGAGAUGGUGGUUGGUUUCCAGGAAGAACUUCCUCCGGGAACUCUGCAAAGAGCAAGGAGGUUAUCCCACUGAGGACUUUUAAUGAAACUCUUUUAAUUAAAUACGGGUUGAAGUUAGUAAUCGGGAGAGAAGCUGUCUAAAAGAUUUGAAACUCACUGUCUCAGUCAUCACUCUUUCUACUCAGAUAAGAAAUCUGAGUGUUGAUCACCACCAGUCUUAAACACACACACACACAUGCCAUUUUAAAGUAUUUUAUUAUUAUGACAUCAUUCAGUACUUUUGCAAAGAGACGGUACAGUACACCUGAGGUGACUUUUUUUACACUUUGACCGUAAGAGAAUCAGAGAUGUCUUUCAGUGUAAUAUUGGAUAUCGUUUGCCUGCAUGAACUGGCAUGAACAGAGCUACUGCUCUUUAUGGAGAAACAUGCUGUUUUCUUACAGUGUCAUGUGACUCUCCCUGUGAUGCCAAGCCCAAUGACAUGUGAUCACUUGUGAGCCAAUGGGGCGACUGCGUUUUGGUGCAGCACCUGAACGUCGACUUUGUUUACUGAAGAUCCAAAUGAUUUAAUGUCUGCCUGCCAUAUUGUCACAUAACACUCACGUGUUGCAUGGGCACUUUGACAAGAACAUGCAUCAGUUUCUCAUUUUGUUUGUUUUGUGAGAAGUGUAUCUUAAAAAAACAAAAUGGCCUUAAACUCUCACAGGAUUCUUGGAAUUGUGCGAUGCCUUCAGAUAUUUGAAAAUUGUUCUCUAUUUUGUGUCAGUGUUCAGUUGCUCUGUUCAGUAUAUUUUCUUUGCACCAAAUCCUGAAUACGACGUUGUACUUUUGGAAACAGUGAAUAAUCAUGUAAAGCAUGUCAGGAAGUACUUCAAAUAUAUUUGAUUGUCUGGAAAUCUGUAUGAGAAUAACUAUUUCUGUAACAAAGUACCAUUUUUUAAUAAAUAUUGUUACUAAACAAA